AUGCAACUACCAGACCGUACCGACCUCGUGCCAUCACACCGGGGCAGGAAUGUCUUGCCCAAUUGUCCGUUCUUCAACAAAUUGCUGCGGCUGGCCCACGACGCACCUUCGAGAACCAUCAUCUCCGACGUCAACCUCGGCGUGGAGAAGUCUCGUAUACAACUGCUGACGGACGUACUGGAAAUACGCAAUGACCUGCUUGACACCCUGGACAAGAAAAGUAGAGAAGACCUGGCACACGGCAGCGGACGUGUCUUCAUCGCCGUUCUUGCUGCUGGCGGCUACGAAUACACCGUUGCAGUUCUCGGUGUCCUCGCAUUAGGAGCGGUCGUGGUUCCCAUCAGCCCUCAAGCCCCUCUGGAGGAGGCAUAUUACUUCCUAGAAAAGGCCCAGUGCGUGGUUGUCCUGACUGCCUCAAACCUUGAGCAACAGGGCACCAACUUGGAACAGGCCAUCCGAAGCCAACGCAAGAAGCCUGACUUUCGCAAGAUCCUCAUCGCGCCGUCGCUCCGGAGCUGGCACUACCAGCCGCACGACAUCAUAAGCUCCUCCGACAGGCAGCUGAAUGACAACGCGCCGGGAUCCGUGAUCUUCACGUCGGGCACCACGGGAAAGCCCAAGGGCGCACUGCACCGACGGGCUAUGAUUCACGAAGUUGCGCGCUCCCUGGCCGACCACUACAAGGUGACCGAGGACGACCGCAUCCUGCAUCUGAUGCCCGUGCACCACGCCACGGGGGCAUAUUUGUCGUUCUUCCCGUUCCUGAUCUGCGGGGCCUGCAUCGAGUUCCGCAGCGGCCCGUUCAGCGCCGAGUGGACAUGGGACAGGUGGAAGAAGGGCGGCGUCUCGUUCUUCACCGGCGUACCGACCAUGUAUGUGCGGAUGAUGCGCCAUUUUCAGCAGCAGCAGCAGCAGCAGCAGAGCCGUGCGGUUCCGUCGAGGUUAAGCGCUCCUCCCUCCUCAUCUCCUCCUACUGCGUCUCUCGACCCCGCCACGGCGGCCGCAGCGGCGACGCGGAUCCGGGGCAUGCUCUGCGGCACGUCCGCCCUGCCCCGACCGGUGGAGGAGUUCUGGGAGACCCUCAGAGGCGGCAAACGUAUCCUGACGCGGUACGGAAGCACCGAGUCCGGGGCUGCUUUCAAAAUGGCCCUGGAGCCUGGCAACACACCUUCGGGCUCAGUGGGCACGUGUGCUCCUGGAGUGGAAGUACGCUUCGCUGACGGCGGAGACGAAGGCGAACUCCUGAUCAAGAGUCCGAGUAUGUUCAUGGGAUACCUCUCUGACGAGGCAGCAACGCGGGCCGCGCACGACGCCGAGGGAUUCUACAAGACAGGCGACAUCGCGCGGCGCGAGGGGGACUACUACUUCAUCCUGGGGCGGGCAUCGGUCGACAUCCUCAAGAGCGGCGGCUACAAGAUCUCGGCCCUGGACAUCGAGCGCGAGUGUUUGGGGUUGCCGUACAUUAACGAGGUCAUGGUCGUGGGCGUCGAGGACGCCGAGUGGGGCCAGCGCAUCGCCGCCGCGGUGAGCCUGCGCGACGACCAGACCACAUACUCGUGCCACCCCAGCGGCAGCGGCAGCGGCAAGGCACUCACGCUGGCUCAAUUGCGCAAGGAUCUGUCCGGCAAGCUGGCCAGAUAUAAAUUGCCGACGAUCCUGCGCGUCGUCGAUGGCGAGCUGCCCAAGAACGCGACGGGGAAAGUGUCCAAGAAGGUGUCGGGUCCUGUGCUCUUCCCUGCGAACUACGCCGAGAUCCCGGACGUGCAGGUCUGGUCUGGGUCUGCUUCUUCGCCCGAGAGGGAUGCGAGGGGACUGGCUAGACUGUGA